AUGUUCAACGCACACGCCGGAGGCCGUCCGGUGGGCGCCUUUUAUUGUGCCGUUUGCGAUGUGCACUGCGGCGAUGCACACGCGGCGGAGCGUCACCGUGCGAGUUUGCGGCACAAAAAGAACAGCGGCGAGUUUGAAGCGGAGCGGCGGGCGUACAAAGACGACGCGAGUGUGACGGCAGAAGAUGUGAUGGCGCUGGUGGAGCGCAAACGUUUGGAGUUGGGGGUCAUACCGUGGAGUCAGCUGCGGUUUAACGAUGAAGAGACGAAGAAAGAGGAGGAAGAGGAAGAAAAAAAGGAGGAAGCUGUUAAGGCUUAG